CGCAAACCGGAGAACUAGCAGUGCAGGUAAGCUCAGAUAAACCACCAAGAUGUCCAUCCAGAAGAUCCAUGCAAGGCAAAUUCUUGACUCCCGUGGUAACCCCACUGUGGAGGUUGACCUCUUUACAACUAAAGGGAUGUACCGUGCUGCUGUACCCAGUGGUGCCUCCACUGGUAUCUAUGAGGCACUUGAGCUCCGUGAUAAUGAUAAAACCUGCUACCUGGGAAAGGGUGUCUGUAAAGCCGUUGAGCACAUCAAUAAAACCCUUGCACCAGCACUGGUUGGAAAGAAUGUAAAUGUUGUGGAACAGGAGAAGAUUGACAAACUUAUGCUGGAUAUGGAUGGAACUGAGAACAAAUCAAAGUUUGGUGCCAAUGCCAUUCUGGGAGUGUCCCUAGCAGUGUGCAAGGCUGGUGCUGCUGAGAAGGGAGUCCCCCUUUACCGCCACAUUGCUGACCUGGCUGGGAACCCUGAGGUCAUCCUGCCUGUUCCAGCAUUUAAUGUGAUCAAUGGUGGGUCUCAUGCUGGUAACAAGCUGGCUAUGCAGGAAUUCAUGAUCCUUCCAGUAGGAGCAUCAAACUUCAAGGAGGCCAUGCGUAUUGGUGCUGAGGUGUACCACAACUUGAAGAAUGUGAUCAAGGAGAAGUAUGGUCAGGAUGCCACAAAUGUUGGAGAUGAAGGUGGAUUUGCACCAAACAUUCUUGAGAAUAAAGAAGCUCUGGAUCUCCUGAAGACUGCCAUUAACAAGGCAGGAUACACAGAUAAGAUCGUGAUUGGAAUGGAUGUUGCUGCAUCUGAGUUCUACCGUGAUGGAAAGUAUGAUCUGGACUUCAAAUCCCCAGAUGACUCUAGCAGAUACAUCUCCCCUGACAAGCUAGGCGAUCUAUACAAAAGCUUUAUUAAGGAUUAUCCAGUUGUGUCCAUUGAAGAUCCAUUUGAUCAGGAUGACUGGUCUGCAUGGUCAAAGUUUACUGCUGAAGCUGGAAUCCAAGUUGUUGGUGAUGACUUGACUGUGACCAACCCCAAGAGAAUUGAACAGGCUGUGUCAAAGAAGGCCUGCAACUGCCUUCUCCUGAAAGUUAACCAGAUUGGCACUGUGACAGAGUCUCUACAGGCAUGCAAGCUGGCUCAGAGCAAUGGCUGGGGAGUGAUGGUCAGCCAUCGAUCUGGGGAGACAGAAGAUACUUUCAUUGCUGAUCUGGUUGUUGGCCUUUGUGCUGGACAGAUAAAGACUGGUGCCCCAUGUAGAUCUGAGCGUCUUGCAAAGUACAACCAGCUUCUCAGGAUUGAAGAGGAGCUUGGAUCCAAGGCUCGCUUUGCUGGGAAAAACUUCAGGAAGCCAGUCAUCAACUAAGCAAUCACACAGCACUUAUCCAUCUUUAUGUAGUCACCGUACACCUAGUCUGCAGGAGAUGGCCUAAAUGUCUCACUGCUGUAGAGGCCUGUAUUUUUUGCAGGCUCCUCCAGCAAUGAUCAGAUGUUGGCCUCUUCACAACCCUGCAGUUUGACCUUCCAAUCCCAGAAGCUUUGCUGCUUAAUAGGAUGAUUCCUUGUCUCACUCUCGGUGCCUGCAUGUUGUCAGUGUUCCUUUUUUUUUUCUGUUGUGGUUGUGGUCCUGAACACUUCAAUCUUGUUCAUGUCUUUCAGUGCUGGGAGGCUAACUAGCGGUUUAUGUGCAGAGAUGUGUAGUUGUAUGAAGAGGUAAUAAAAAUCUUUGAAAGUGA